UUUGUCACCCGGCUGACCCGCUGUUUUUCUCUCUGUUGCAGACGAAGAAGAACAACCCCAACCACAUCAAGCGGCCGAUGAACGCCUUCAUGGUGUGGUCGCAGAUCGAGAGGCGGAAGAUCUGCGAACAGCAGCCGGACAUGCACAACGCGGAGAUCUCGAAGCGCCUGGGCCGCCGCUGGAAGACCCUGUCCGACGUGGAGAGGCAGCCCUUCAUCGACGAGGCGGAGCGGCUGCGCCAGCUGCACCUGCAGGAGUACCCGGACUACAAGUACCGGCCGCGGAAGAAGGUGGUCAAGGUGCAGCCCAAGGUGACCACCCCCCGAGUCAAGAAGCCAAAGAAGUCCGACUCCAACAACAACAACAACAAGCCCGAGGACAGGGCCAAGAAGACGCCCUCGCCGGACAGCCCCAGCACGCCGCACCGGCCGUCCUCGCGCGCGCGCUGCAGCAGCGGUAGCAAGGCCAAGAAGCCCAGGCUGACGUCCAGCACGCCGCACGCCAAGGUGCCCUCCAGCCCGUCCUGCGACGUGCCCGACUCCCCCGAGUCCGCCACGUUCUACGACGAGUCGUCCACCUCCGUGAUGCUGGACAUCACCUUCUCGUCCAGCGCCGUGGGCAGCACCGACUGCUUCACGCCGCUCAACGCCCUGCAGGACAACGAGAGGGUGCGCCAGCUCACGGCCCAGCGGAGGCAGGCCCUGGGGCUCGGGUCCCUCACGCGCCUCAAGACUGAGGACCACAUCAAGGAGGAGCCCGUCGAGGAGGACGACUUCGUGGACGAGGGCAUCGACGAGGAGAUGCACGACCGGAGCGAGUACGUCCUCAAGGAGGAGGAGUUCGACUGCGAGUCGGAGACCGCGGCCACGGGCAUGGCGGCGGCGGCCGGCCUCAGGCCGGGGGAGAACCCCACCCUGUUUGGCGCCCAGACACCCUCCCUGUCCGAGCUCGAGUCGCUCACGGACCUGCUGCCAGAGUUCCGGAUGGACAUCGACCUGGACAACAUCACCACCGACUUUGACACGUUCGACACUGCCUCUUCUAGCUCAGGCUCCCACCUAGAUUUUAGUUGCACACCCGACGUGUCGGACAUGCUGUCCGACAUCGGUGUCAACAAUGACUGGGGUGAUACCACCUUUCUCAUUAAUUGUUAAGUGCCCCGUGUUUUCGUUUUAGUUUUGUGUGUCUGUGUUACGUUGUAAGUAGAGUCCCGAGUCGGCGAGCGCUAGUGCGCCGUCGGCCAAGUCAAAUCGCAUAUAAUGAGUAUUCCUGUAUGUGGAGGAUAAUCAAAGAUGUUUGUUUCAUCGCGAGGGUUAUUGAUAUUAUGAUAGGAUGUAUGGCUGGUGAAUGUAAAUAUAUAGUUGGACUAGUGCUAAUAUUGGAUCUCCCAUUGUGUUAAUUCAAGUCUGUACCUAUUUAAAUGUCUCAAUGUCAAGAUUUUACAGUUCCCUGUUGCUUUCUUUGUCGUUAGAAAUUGUAGUCAUUUCAAGGCAGAACAUUGUAGUUCCCAUUCUGGCGCUCGGGUCGAUGAAAUUGGAUUGCAGGGGUUGAAAGCUCGUUUUAUUUUGCUCAUUAUCUUUAUUACUAUUGUUAUUGUCAGCAGUUACUACUGCUCAUACCACCCUGGACUGAAUAUAAUUUCUUGGUCUCAUGCCUUGCAGGAUGUGUAGAUACGUUCUUUUCUCUGAGGUUAGUGCUAUAUUUUGUGGUAGAUUACGUUGAGUUCUUCUCAACGCCAAACCGUAGUCAAGGCCGCCACUGCUCUGGGCAAAUUAAUUCUUUUCGCAUUUAACAGUGUCACUGAUCAAGAAAAUCGUAUUUUCCAUUCCCCUUUUAGUCGCGUUUGGUAAUUCGCCUGCUCGGCUAUAAACUUAAAAAAAUGGUCGGUGUGUAGUUGAGCCACCUCACGGCCAGUGUAUUCAUUGGGUUUUCGAAUUGAUUGCUGCCCAGAAGCAUAGACAAAAGCCUUUAAACCUACACAAAAAAUAAGUCAGUAUUCUAUACUUUCAUUAACAUGAGCAUUUUUUCGUUAGCAAACCAUAACCCUCCCCCUCCCCCCACUACAUAUCACAUGUGUUUCUUAUGCAUUAAGUGUCGUAAAUGCCAACUUAAGUAAUAUCUUUUGAUACAUGGACUGUUUCAAUCUUUUCUGUUAUGUGUAGUUUAGUGAUAUGUGAGUGAUAAGGCAGUUUAAGAUUCACUGAUCAAACUUUAAAGCCCCAGGUUUCUUUCACUCAUUUUUGUCGAAGUCACUACUUGUACUAAUAUGUACUUAUAUUCAUAACCAUAAAAAUGUCAAAUUAGGUAGUAGGGAUAAGAUGAAUACAGGGAAGUCCUUGUAAUCGAUUUUAUUUCUGCAUGUUCUACGGCCAUGGUUAUAGAUUGAAAAACAUAAAAAUUAAAAAUACAUUUAUGAACCAACUAUAUGUGUUAGUUAUCUGUACGUCAUUAGCUGCUAUAUAUAUAAAUAUUUUAUUCAAGUGUCUGUUAUUGGCUCAACACCCGCCAGAAUUUAUUUUGCACAUAUUGAUUACGUUUUUCCUCUAGAGUUCUAGAGCCCUGAUCGAGACUAACAUUGCGGGAACAGUUUGUUUAUUGACCUUGUACGUGUAAUAUUGAUCUCUUGUUCGUGAUGACGUCUGGUACGUUGUUUGCAGUCAUGCUUUAUUUCCGUAAUUUUAAAUGAGCGAAUGCCCACGCGUUGAACCGGACUCGUUGAACUCUAGUGGAUCCUAUAUGCCCAGAGGGCAAGUUGCCAGUGAAUACCGUGGCUUAAACCUAUCGGUUUGCGUUGAAAUGUUUAAAAAUUUUAAUUUAAAGCACUGGUG